AUGCUAUACGUGGUACUAGAAAAUGGACUGAAAGCUGUUUUGGUUUCCAGAGCUGCUGCAAAACAUGAAGAAAAUAAUAACACAACGGACAAGACUGCGUGGGCAAUCACAAUUCCACUUGGUUCUUUCACCGACCCGAAGGAGGCUGACGGUCUGAGUGAUCUGAUCAGACGAACUCUCGUUCAGGAGUUAUUACAAGAGCAAUGGAUUAAUCAAAACCAGACAGAUGCGUACACAUCCGGUGAAUGGACCACAUUCUACUGUGAAGUGGAACCAAAACGUUUCAACGCGUCGCUGGACCAGUUCACAACACAUUUACUUAAUCCAAAGUUCGAGAUGGAACAAAUUGAAGCACAAUUGAAGCUGAUCGAACAGGACUUCAAGCGAUCGAAAUUGAAAGACGAAGUUGUAUUGCGGCAUUUCAUCUCUAAUCUGGCCAAUUCGGAUUCCCCGUUUUGCAACGCGAAAAAAGGCUCUGUCCAAACAUUGCAAAAUGGAUCCGGUAAAACACUCAGUCAAUUACGCUCCAAAAUGCUCGAUCAUUUGGCCUCCUGUUUAGACCCCAAGGAGAUGACGUUUGCGGUUGAAUCCAGUACAGUAAUACCUGUACGUGAGAAAGAACAACUGAGAAUGAUCUGGUCCUUGGAAAAUCUACAACAAUACUACCGAUGCAACCCGAUGCUUGUCUUGGGGAGUUUGAUCAAAAAUCUACAAGAAGGUGGUGUGGCCUAUCACCUGGAGGAGAACGAAAAUACUGCCAUGCACAAUGUUGUGCUUCGUAAGCGUCCGGGAGAGGGGCAUAUUUGCUUUGUUUAUACGAUGGAUUUCUCCAUGAAGCUCACACAACAAAUAUUCAAUGUUGUGAAAGUUUCCAACCGGGUCCUCACCCUGGAGGCUAUUGCCAAGACGACCGAGGAUCGAUACUCGCAACAAGCUUGCAAAGAUGAGUUGUGCUAUACUGUGUGCAUACUCAAAUUGCGGAACGGCCUGAUCAGCUGCCUGGUGAUCGAGUGGGUAGUAUGCUUGCGUUCUACCUGUGAGGUCCCGGGUUCGAUCCCCAAAUGA